CAUUUAAAGCAAGAAAAAAGCAGUUUUGGCUUAAUGUGCGUAUUAAUUUAAAUGCGUCGUCCCUAUUUAAGCAGCGAAUCUGUUAUUCAAUUAGGGCUAAUUUUGUGGCCAGCAAAGCAAUAGACGAAUUGCUUGUGCGGGAGAGACGCGGGAGAGGAGUUCAGAACGCACCAGUUAGUGUAAUGAAAUAAUACGUUGAAUAUGAUUUGAUUGCAGCUUAGAUGCCGGGUUUGUUAAUAAUUUUCGUACAAUUAUCUAUAUUUCGUUGCUUCAUGUGCUUCAACUUGAAGAAAAUUUUCACUCUUGCUGUUUCUCGGUCCGUUUAAAUUGUUGCGCCACUGCAUGCGCACAAUGCGUUUCACUUUACAGAACACGUGGUAAUAAUCUUUAAAAUAUUGCAUCUAAAUAGUAAUAGCAUAACUAGUGGCAACACCUGCUAAUAUAACAACACCCCUGAUUACUGAACACAGUGUUUGUGUGGUUUGUGGGAGGAAUCCACAGUGUCUUUGCAAACUGUUCCAAACUGACCGAGCACGUGCCGCAACGUUCGACGAUCGAACGAGCAAUGAAAUGCGCUAAAGCCAAAGUACGCAUCACAACCGCGUACCGCACAUGAUUAGCUCCAAUUUCUGUGGCCACCGUUUCGAGUUUCAAGUAUCCCGGGAUGGGGUGGGGGGUGGGGGGGUAUUGUCGGUACACGCAUCCGAUGAAAGCAUUUAAAUCGCUAUGAGAUAAAUGCAUCCACUUAAGCGAAAGAUGCUAGAUAGCAGCAGCAGAUAUCCUGACGGGGAUUUGGGGUCUGUCUCCCUUUGAUGUACGGGGGAGGCCAGUGAAGUUGUUCAAACCAUGCCAAUCGUGUGCAAUUCGCUCAGUCUCGAUCGGUGUAGCAUGCGUGGUGGAGCUGUCGUUGUCCAGCGAAUACUUGGAUUACCGUCGUUUCGGGUUCGAAUCGAAGUGCGUUCGUGAAGCUGCUGCAGGUUGUGCGCUUAAGUGUUGAGCGGUGUUGCCAUGGAUUUCGACUCCAUACUGGAUAUGUGCGAUGGGUUCGGUGCGUACCAGAAGAUCAUCAUCGGGGUGCUGCUGUUUCCCGCCACGUUUCCCUGCGCUUUUCACGCUUACAGCCAAUUAUUUUUAGCAGCAAAGCCGAACCACUGGUGCAAAGUGCCACAAUUCGAUGGGUUUGGCAACCAUUUAGCGGAUCUACUGAAAAAUAUUAGCAUACCCCAGCUACCAUACUCGGACGGUACGAUCGGGUACUCCAAAUGUUCCAUGUAUUUGCGCAACUAUUCCGAAAUUGCCAGUCACUUACGUUCGGUGGCUGGAAAUGUGUCCUUGGAGCAGUUGUCACCACCGAACGGUAUCUCCAGCUGCCGGAACGGCUGGUCCUACGAUCAAUCCAUCUUCAACUCAACCGUAGUAACGGAUUGGAAUUUGGUAUGUGAUCGAGACUUUGACACUACGACGGCAUUGAUGGUGUUCGGUGUUGCCGGUUUGAUCGGUAAUCUCGGCUUCGGGUACAUGCAGGACUACUGGGGACGGAAGCUUUCCUUCUUCCUUUGCCUGGUGGUGCAGGUAACGGCCGGUGCAGUUGGUGCAGCUAUGUGGAGCUACGGAUCGUGGUUGGUGACGCGCAUCGUCGUGGGACUAACCGUACCGGCAAUCCUGUCGAGCCCUUACAUGUUGGCGAUCGAGCUAGUAGAACCAAAGCGUCGCAACUUUUGCACCAUCAUCUCCAAUAUUGCGUACUCGGUCGGGCUGGUGCUGCUGUCGGUGAUCGUGUACUACGAACGUGACUGGCGCUCCCUGUCGAUCGCCGUUUCCCUCCCGCUGUUAGUUCUGUUUCUCUUCUACACACUGAUCCCGGAGUCACCGCGCUGGCUUGCCGCCCGUGGCAAGUACAGUCAGGCACAGCGGAUUCUUCUCAAAAUGGCCAGGGUGAAUGGAAAAACGAUCGACGACGGCUAUCGGAAGCUGCUGGACGAGCGUAUCAAGGCACUGUCGCUGGAAGAUGCUCCGGAACAUCCGGCCACAGACGAGACGGCAAACUCGCACGCGCACGAAAUAGGGCUGCGGCAUCUUUUUGACAAGCCGCAGAUGCGCCGCAAGACCACGUUCGUAGCGUUCAUCUGGCUGACCAACACGAGCGUUUACGUGGGCCUGAGCUACUAUGCGCCAGCGCUUGGGGGAGACGAGAUCUUUAACUUCUUCCUGGCCGGGCUGGUAGAGCUGCCGACGUACAUUGUGCUGUGGCCCAGCCUGAACCUGUUCGGGCGCCGGGGUGUACUGUUUACCACGAUGGUGAUCGGUGGGCUGGCCUGCGCAUUCACGAUCAUUCCGCAAGGUCGCACCACCACGCUCAUACUGUACUGCAUCGGCAAAAUGGGUGUUUCGUCCGCGUUCGUCGUCGUUCCGCUGACCGCAUCGGAAAUCUAUCCAACCGUGAUACGCGGGCUGGGAAUGAGCUUCUGUUCUGUCGUCGGCAUGCUUGGCCCGAUCGUCAUACCGCUGAUGAACUACACGGGCAAGGAAAACGUGGCCAUUCCGUUGGUCAUAAUGGGGCUCGCGCUGACGGCCGGCGGUAUAGCGAGUUUGUUCCUGCCGGAGACGAAAAACAUGCCACUGCCCCAGACGCUGGCCGAUGGGGAAAAGAUCACACUGACCAACCCGUUUCAGGUUCCGUUCUACAGCAGGAAACGAACGCACCCGGUGAAACAGUAGCAGCAACCGCGCGCGCAGGAGUAGUGUUCGGAAAAAUUCAACGCGCAACGUACAGGCUGUUAUGCGCGCGGGGCACUAAAGCGUUAAUGUUUCAUUUACAAUAAGAGUUGGUUUUAUUGUUUAAAAAAAACUGCAGGAAAAUGUACACACUUCAUUGCAAUGCGCAAGAUGUGUGAGUGUGUAUGUUGUACGUUAUUCGCUAAAUGUUUGUCUGUUUGAUUAUCAAUAACUAUUGCACGCUCACCGAUUUGCUGUAGCAGCUAGCUCUGUUCCCAUUUUAGUUAGUAAGUUAUUAGAAUCAUGUUCCAUAUAUCCUCUAUUGUCAAACGAUGGCUGCACACGACACACGCACGCAUACAUUAAUUGUUUUCUCAAAAAUACUACACACCUAUUGGACUGGUUCGAUUUUUUUGUUUUCACUGGGUUUGCUGUUAGCGUUUCUUCAAUUCUAUUUCAUUUUAUUUUUAAUCUUCUUCUUAUAGAUUCGUUUCUUAAAUAGUGUUUUCAUCUUCGUUAUCCAGUAUUUAUGUUAUCAGGGAAAACAUUAUAUACAUAUCUAGCUGUUCUGUGUAGGUGUAUCGAUGGAUAAUAUAAUAUGAUUUUUUUUAAAUAUUGGACUGGUUUGGUAUUUGUUUUAGUAUUUGUUGCAACUGUAAGUAACGCUUGUAAAGAUAUUCUUAUCCGCAAAGCCAUUCACAGGAGAGCCCGC